ACCCGUCCAAAUUGUUACUAUGCUCACGGAACUUGGAGAUGGCCUGGGAAUGUUAUUAAUUUUUUGAGAGAGAUUGGCAUCAAUUUAGCUAUGCCUUGAGUGGUGCGGAAAGGGUGCGAUGUCUGUGCUGCGUGAAGGGUCAGGUGAAUUCGAGAGGCGCCGCGCCCGCGAGAAGGGCAUCAUUCAGGAAGGAGAAUCCCUGUGGAGGACCAAGCAGCGCCAGAAUUGGAUCGACCGUCUUAAGGACCAAAGAGAGGCUCGCGACCUGCUCAGCAAUUACAACCCUUGGGGCAGGCCGGGCUGCGGAGCCCCAACGGAGGACCUGAGAAAGAGAAAGUUCAUUGACCUGAAAGGACCGAUAAUACCCGCGUUGGACAUGGGCCGACCAGGAGCCGGAGCACCUUUGCGGACGAAAUCGGGAAAAAUGCAGACGGUGCUCAAAAUGGACCCUGCCAUCAGGUUCCAGGACCCGGCGAAGAAGUGUGUAGAAAUAGAAAUGCGGUACAGAGCCUCCCCAACGCAACAAAAUGAGUACAAAACUGAGCUGGAUGCUAUGGUAACCGAAAAAAGGAAACUCCAGGGUGAAACUUGGCGAAAUUGCAACCAGGAGAUCCGCAAAAUGGGCUGGUCGAAUAGUGAUCCAAAUCUGAGCUACAGAGAAGAGAUAGGUGGACAACGCACCAGCACAGACAAUCACGAAAAUUGCACAACACUACCAAAAGUAAAUCAGGGCCAGGAACUGGUGCCUUUGCUGAAAGAGCGACACUUUGAUAUUUUGCACUCGCGGCACCCUUUGAACACCACAGACGUAACGCGGCUUCAAGUGCGUGGAUUCCCUGAAGCCAGACAUCUGCAGGAGGACCACGAUAUGGUGCAGACAUUGCGUCGGCAGGUUAUGUACAAGCAGAAGAAACUCGAGGAGUUGCGUAGGCGUGAGGUGGAAUCAUGUCAAAUGCACUUUGAAACUUGGACCAAGUUCUGGGGUCGACCGGGUCACGGUGCUCCCCGCAAGAACACCCUACUGCCAAAAUUCAACGUGGACGAGAUGCUCGACAGUGAACUAAAAGACGGUUUCAAAAUCAGUACAUUCAAGUGAAAUUGCAGCGUGUGAGGAAACGAAACGCAAAUAACUAUCAUUCGGUUGAAUGUGCGCCGCAGUGCGACAGUGUCGACAAUGAUGAA